AUGAAGCCUCUUCGCUUACCACCCUAUUCUCCCUGCAACACCCAGCCGUGCGAUGACUGUAUGUACCAGCAGCAUUCACGGUGCUUUCGAGACUUCAGUCGAUCUCAAAGAGGUUACCAGACCUACCGGGGCGUGCCAUGGGACCUUCAAAGAGUUCACCAGUUGGCCACCAAACCGAAAUUUUUCGAGCCCUGGAAGAGCGCUCUAAUCGCCGUGGCUGCAGCGAUGGCGUUGGCCAUCACCAUCGGCCUCCUGGUGUAUUUUUUGGCCUAUGAUCAGAAGCUAUUCUAUUACAAUGGCAACUUUAAAGUCACCAGUAUCCAGUACAGCGAUGGCCUGGCCAGUCAAUCCUCAGGAGAGUUUAGAGACCAGAGCGGAAGGAUCGAGAGACUGAUAGACAAGACAUUUCAGAAUUCUGUUUUAAGAAAAAAAUAUAUCCGGUCACGUGUUAUCAGACUGAGCCCUGACAUUGGCGGAGUAAUGGCACAGGUUGUGCUCACGUUCCUUUUCUCCGCCACUGAUAACAAAGCAGCAUUCCUGGGAAAAGUCGAUAGUGUCCUACAGAAGAAACUGAAUAAAUAUUCUGGGCCUGUGCGAAUAGAUCUUGCAUCUUCUACAAUCUCAGUCUGCGGGUUACAACAGAAUAGAUCAGCAAAAUCAAAAUCAUCCUCAACAUCAAAAAGAAUAGUCGGAGGGGUGGCAUCUGCAGAGCUUGGGGACUGGCCAUGGCAAGCGAGUUUACAGCAGAACAACAUCCACCGUUGUGGUGCAACACUGAUCAGCAACACGUGGCUUCUGUCCGCAGCUCACUGCUUUAGAAAAGCAAAUAACCCACGUGUAUGGACCGUUACCUUUGGAACUCUUUUAAGACCUUCAAGAAUGAAACACUUUGUCAAGGCUAUUAUUGUCCAUGAAAAGUACCGUUAUCCAGCACACAACUAUGAUAUAGCGGUCGUGAAACUCUCGAAAAAAGUUGAUUUUACAAAUAUCGUACAUCGCGUCUGUCUGCCAGAUCCAUCUCAGAUUUUCCCAUAUAAUUCUGACGCUGUCAUCACAGGCUGGGGAGCACUGAGCAACGAUGGCUCGAGUUCUAAUGUUCUCCGGGAAGCAACAGUGAAACUCAUAGACUCAAACACUUGCAAUAGGAGAGAAGUGUACGAUGGGGUCAUCACACCUGGGAUGUUGUGUGCUGGAUACUUGGAAGGAGGAGUAGAUGCCUGUCAGGGUGACUCUGGUGGCCCCCUGGUUAGUCCAGAUUUGAGAGGAAUGUGGUACCUCGCAGGAAUAGUGAGCUGGGGAGAUGAAUGUGCUAAACCCAAUAAGCCAGGAGUCUACACACGAGUGACGUACUAUCGCGACUGGAUCACCUCAAAAACUGGCCUCUAAUGCAGCAGAAGUCACAACCAGACUAAGCUACACAGGCUGUAUGCAGGUCAUACUCGUCUGUAACUCUACAAGGUGUCAUUUAAUCCCUAUAUCCCUGUCCAAAGCAAGCACUAGCUUCACUGCUGCAGAUGCCAUAACCCCUCAUGAAUUUACACUGAAUGUGUGAGAUCACCUGCCUCCUCUCCGAAUCACUCUAGCCUAUUAGAGGAGAGGAAAGCAAAGCACCCCAUCAAAAUGCAAAAAGCUGCUGAUUUAUUUAUUUUACUAGUUAAAAAGUGUAUGUACU